CAAGACACAAGAGGCUUCAUGUUCAACCAUGCCAACUUCGACAUUUUUGAAUACCAUCUCAAGCCACAGUUAAUCUCAAUAUCUUCAUCUUUUUCUCUUUGUGGUUUGUAAAAAACCAAUCCGGAAAAUUUUCGUAAUUAAACUGAAAGAGUUAAUUAGGGUUUUCAAAAACGGAUGCCUCGUAAUUAUUAAUAUUAAUAUUUGAAAUCAUAAACAAAUGCACGAUGAAAGACGAAGAAGCGGAUCUGGGUCAACCGCCUUUGACCAUCGAAACGACAGUACAGAAGGCUGGAAGCGUAAUUUAGCAGCACUGCCGGACGGCCCCACCUCACUCUUACACAGAUAGCCCGCACUCGGCCUUUUAUUCUUUCGUCUUCCCUCUCGCCUAAGGGGAAAAUCAAAGGAUUUCUGGGGAAAAAGACAACGCUGAAACGGUUCGCCGGAGCGCUGCCGGAGGAACAAAAGAAAAGGAAAGAAGGCGGGGAGCUUCCGUGAUUUCAGUCUGUUGGAAGAAUGAGGACGAGAAGAGGCGUUUGUUACCCGAGGAUGGAGGUUUGUGGUGUGGAGAAGAGAGUUGUCAAAAGAGCGAAACGCGAUUUCUCCGCCACCGCCGAUGAGAGUCUUGCCGGAAAGAGGCAGAGACUAUCGCCGGAAUCCGAAUACGGAAACCACGGCGGCGAUAUGUUCGACGGCUUGCCCGACGAUCUUGUCCUCUCAAUCCUUGCCAAGCUUAGCUCAUCCGCUUCAUCGCCAUCGGAUUUCAUCAACGUCUUGAUAACAUGCAAGAGAUUCAACGGUUUAGCCCUCAAUCCGCAAGUACUGGCGAAGGCUUCACAGAAGACUUUCGCGAUUAAGGCGAAGAACUGGUCGGAUUCCGGUCACCGUUUUUUAAAGCUUUGUGCCGACGCCGGGAAUGUUGAAGCUUGUUAUACUCUUGGAAUGAUUCGGUUUUACUGUCUGCAAAAUCGAGGCAACGGCGCGUCGCUGAUGGCCAAGGCGGCAAUCAGUUCUCACGCGCCGUCACUAUACUCGCUUGCUGUCAUCCAGUUCAACGGCAGUGGCGGGUCGAAGAGCGACAAGGACCUGCGAGCCGGAGUAGCUCUCUGCGCACGCGCCGCCUUCCUCGGCCACAUCGACGCCUUGCGGGAGCUCGGCCACUGCCUGCAGGACGGCUACGGCGUCCGCCAGAACAUCGCCGAGGGACGGCGGUUCUUGGUCCAGGCGAACGCCAGGGAGCUAGCGGCGGUGCUUUCCGACCCGAACAACGGGCUCGCCACGCGCGCAUGGCUCACGUGGAACUCCCACGCGCAUCCCAACAACCCCAGCCGCGGCAGCGCCACCGCCGCCGCCGCCGCUGCCGGCGGCCCCGGGUGUCCGCUUCUGAGUGACUUCGGCUGUAACGUCCCGGCGCCGGAGGUUCACCCGGCCAGUAGGUUCAUGGCGGAGUGGUUCGCUGCCAGAGGCGGGGCGCCGGGGGCAGGUCUGAGGCUUUGUUCGCACUUCGGAUGCGGGCGGCCGGAGACGCGUAAGCACGAGUUCCGGCGGUGCUCCGUUUGCGGGACGGUGAAUUACUGCUCCAGAGCUUGCCAGGCUUUGGAUUGGAAGCUGAGGCACAAGGCGGAGUGUGCUCCAGCGGAACGGUGGGUGGAGGAGGACGGUGAGGGGAUGGACGUCGACGGCGGUGCCGACGGUAACGGUGACGGAAUGGGGGAUAGCUAGGAGCGUUCAGCGGGAGAGAGGUUAACAAAAAGUGACGGCAGGUGGAGUGUUUUUUUGUGUGGCCUUGUCGGGAAACGGAAAGGUAGUAAGUAAACGGCGUCAGGAAACGGCGGUGUAGUGGGAGAUACGAUGAGGCCAUUCCUUGGUUGGAAAAUAUUAAGGAAAGUAAAAAAAAAAAAUAGAAAAAGAGGGAAAGUUAGAAAGACAAGAAAGUCCUUUGUAAUUGUCGUAGAAGGGCAGAGGAAGUUGUUUGUUCCUCUCGUUUGUAUAGAGGGGUAAAUCGGAGAAAACGAGGGGAAUUCUUUUUCCAAGUUCUCAUCUCGCUCUCUUUUUUUGCGGUAAUUUCUUCUCUUCUAUUCCCUCGCCAUUGCUUGUUUCUCACCUUUUGGUGUACCAUGGAGUCAACACUCAACCCUAGGUCUAUGAACUCUUUAGAUCAAAAUGGAGUAGAAGAAAAUUGCCAACAUUUAGAAAAAAAUAUAUAGUACAAAAAAAAAAACUUCAAUUUUUUACA